GCGGCGCCUCCGGCGAGCCCCUCCCGCUCGCCGGGGCACAGGCGCUCGCCGCCGCGCGCUGGGUGGGAGGGCUUCCGAGUUCAGCAGGGCGGCUUCCGGAAGGCGGAGCUCCAACCCCAUUUCCUUUCUCUGGGCCUGAGCUGGUUCUGGCCCUGCUGCACCUGCCUGUGGUCCUGGCUUCCCGGCUUCCUGCGGCAGCGGCAUGGGCGGCGCGCGGGACGUGGGCUGGGUGGCGGCGGGGCUGGUCCUCGGCGCCGGCGCCUGCUACUGCAUCUACCGGCUGACUCAGGGCCCGCGGCGAGGCGGGCGCCGGCUGCGCCCCUCGCGGUCCGCAGAAGACUUAACCGAUCGUUCCUAUGAUGAGAUCUUAAAUGCUGAACAACUUGAAAAACUUCUAUACCUGCUGGAGUCAACCAAUGAUCCUAUAAUUGUUGAAAAAGCCUUGGUCACUCUGGGUAAUAAUGCAGCCUUCUCAGCUAAUCAAGCCAUUAUUCGUGAGUUGGGUGGUAUCCCAAUUGUUGGAAACAAAAUCAACUCUCUGAACCACAGUAUUAAAGAGAAAGCUUUAAAUGCACUAAAUAACCUGAGUGUGAAUGUUGAAAAUCAAAUCAAGAUAAAGGUGUAUGUCCAGCGAGUCUGUGAGGAUGUCUUUGCGGAUCCCUUGAACUCCGCUGUGCAGCUGGCUGGACUGAGGCUGCUCACAAACAUGACCGUCACCAAUGACUACCAGCACCUGCUCAGCAGCUACAUCGCAGGCCUGCUCCACCUGUUACUUAUCGGAAAUGGAAGCACCAAGGUUCAGGUUUUGAAGCUGCUUUUGAACUUGUCGGAGAAUCCAGCCAUGACAGAAGGACUACUGAGUGCCCAAGUGGAUUCUUCAUUUCUUUCCCUUUAUGAUGGCCAAAUAGCAAAUGAGAUUCUUCUUCGGGCGCUUACACUGUUUCAGAAUAUAAACAAUUGCCUCAGAGUAGAAGGCUGCCUAGCUAGUCAGCCUCCCUUUGCUAAGGGGUCAUUGUUCUCCCUGUUGUAUGGAGAAGACUGUGCCCAGAAAAUGAGAGCUCUGGUUUAUCACCAUGAUGUGGAUGUCAAAGAGAAGGUUUUAGCAAUAAUGCCAAAAUUCUGAUGGGUUGCUCCUACUUUUUCUAAGAGUAAUGCAAUCAAGUCAGCACACAGGAACUUAUUUUCUACCUUCCUUUAAAAGGAUUGUUUCAGCUGAUGGAGUUAAACAAUAAAAGUCGCAUUUUGUUUUUAACACA